ACCCUUACAGUUAAGGAAGGGCAGCGGAUAGCAGCUCUAAAGGAGUUUGGGGCACGUGGUGAUGGAAAGAAGUCAAAGAAGCGGGUGCGCGCUGAAAGGGGGAAACGCGGCAAAAGGCACUGCAAGUGCUGUGGUGAGACAGGGCACAACUCGCGCACGUGUAAAAAAGAUGUAGUAGAUGUUAGCAAUUAA